GUUUGGUGUUACGAUAUAUUCAAUUCCCACUGAUCGGGAAUCAAACUUCGCUUGAAGAAGAACGUUGAGCAGUUUUUCGCCUUUUAAACAAUUCAUCGUUGCGGAAGUCUUUAUCACUUCUUCAUCAAGUACUCUAUUCAAAUAAAAAACCAAAAAUAAUGUACGCAAAAAUCGCUGUUCUUAUCGUCGCCUUCGUUUCCAUGACUGAUUUUCGAANCCAGCAUACCGAAAACAAUUUGACAAUGUGGUGAAUUCAAUGCCGUGCUUGAAACGUUGCAUGAACGACGUGCAAAAGAGUGACCUCGAACUGAACAUCGUGAAGACUGUCGAUUAUGCAAACUAUUUCUUGAAUUUGGACAAAAUUUGCAACAUAAUCUCAGAAGCAAGAGAAUGCAUCGAAAACUGUCAAAUAGAGUCGAACCCGUUCGCUCUCCGUUCCAUGACAAUAAUGUGCACACCAGCGAUUCUAGAACAGACCAAAAAAUACACUCAAUGCAUGAAAGAGGAAGGUGAAACCGUGAAAUCAGUGUGUGAACGUCAGUGUGGAGACAUCAAUGAAGUGAACGAGAAAAUUGAUACAGCGACAAAACAAUUGAAUUCCGAGAAUAAACCAAACAAAGAGAAAUUCAAUGAAAUCAUGCUAAACACAAACAAAGCUUGCGGAAUGACGAAAUGCUAUGCACGCUGCAGUCGUAAUAAUUUCGCAAGUGCUUGCCACCAUUUAGGCCAAGAGGAAGUCGGUGAAUUUCUGUUCGCGUUUGUUGACGCUGUUAAUGAUGCGAUGGUGCAGGAUAUCGAGGAGCAAAAAUUGUUGGAAACAAUGUCAAAAUCAUCACCACCACAGUGCAAUUACAUGUAUGCUCGUGGUGUUUUAUUCGAUAAGGUUGCUGAUGACGCUAUGCUUCGUAGUAUUGUCGCUAAAAUCAGACAUCCUAACCAAGCCAUCAGCAAAUCAUCAUCAAUUCCUGAAAGAGACGACGAACUGAAAGAGUUGCAACGACAGGUAUUGCUGAAAGAAAUGAACGUUUUGGAAAAACAUGAGCGAUUGUUGGAGAAAGAAUCGUAUAAGCUGGAUAUGGAUCUCGCUUUGACCGCUAACAAUAACAACUUCUAA